UCCGAGUGAGCCAUGGAGCACGUUACGUGCCUGUGCGUUCGCGUCAGUCCGGCCGAUGCGCAGGGCGACGACGAUUGUUUAGCCGUCUGUCGGUUUUCUGGAGGGGUAGGCUUACUGUCAUGGCUUUGAAAAGGAUCAACAAGGAGCUGCAGGAUCUGGGACGAGACCCCCCAGCACAAUGUUCGGCAGGUCCAGUAGGAGAUGAUCUAUUUCAUUGGCAAGCAACAAUAAUGGGACCUCCUGACAGUCCAUACCAGGGGGGAGUGUUUUUCCUUACGAUCCAUUUCCCUACAGACUAUCCAUUCAAGCCACCUAAGGUAGCCUUUACGACAAGAAUCUACCACCCCAACAUAAACAGCAAUGGCAGCAUCUGCCUGGAUAUCCUGAGGUCACAGUGGUCCCCUGCCCUCACAAUAUCUAAAGUGUUGCUUUCCAUCUGCUCGCUGCUGUGUGACCCCAACCCAGACGAUCCCCUGGUUCCUGAAAUAGCAAAGAUUUACAAGAGUGACAGGGAGAAGUACAACGAGCUAGCUAGGGAGUGGACCAGGAAGUAUGCAAUGUGACUUUAAUUGGAAAAAAAGAUUUUUUUUCUUCGUUUUUUUUUUUUUCACACACGUCCUUUGUAUCCCCCACCAGAGGGGAGUUAAAACAACCCUAUGGUAGUGCAAAGAGAAUGUCAGCCACUGCUUUGGAACAGUCUGUGCUUUGUGUAAAUAAAAUCAUCUUUUACAACUGUC